UCUUUCACUCAUCUUUGUGGAGUUGUACGAUUGAGUUUGACAUUAACUAUGCCUCUAGUGUGUUAUAAAGUAAUUUUCGUCAGGAACAACUUAGCCCCAAAUGUAAUUCACGGGAUUCUGAGAAUUGCGUGCAAGUAUGUUAAUUGAUGUAGGUCAAAAUUAUAACCAUCAAAUCUGGAUAAAUGUUAACUGUCAGCUAGCUAAAUUGGUUGAAUGGUGCAUGUUCGAGCUUGGUCGUCUUUUUCUGUAGUACUGGUUUUGUCACUGGGGAAUUGAAUUUCCUAGUGACUUUAUGAUGGUUGUAGUUUGGUCAACAUGAAAUUUCCUUGUCCUUAGACAUAUGUGCUUCUGCAUCGGUUUGAUUUCUUAGCAUAUGUAUGUUGACAAACUAUAUAUAUGGAUUGUUAUACGGAGGAAUGUAGAAAAUCCUGUUUACCCUAAAAAGGGAAUUUAGGUAAUAAUGGUUGUAAAAUGUUGAAAAGAAAUCCUUCAAUCUCCCAUAUAUGAAUUGCGUGCAUAUUGUACUUAUGGGCAUAUUGUACUUAUGGACCAUAUAUGAAUCAACAGUUUUGAGUUCAUACUUUAAAUGCUUAGUAAAGUUUCUUCAUAAACACGCGUAUGGGUGUAUAUGCUUGUACUAGUACAUAAAAUUAUUAUAGACAUAAUUCAUUUCACCUUUACAUGCAUGUUGUUUAGCAUCCAUGUUAAAAUCCCUUAUAAGGCUGCAUGGAACUGAUUUGGAGUAUGCUGUGUAAUCUUUUUAGAAUGUUGGUUAAUCAGUUAAUAUGACUAGAUAUAUUUCUUUGUUCUUUACCUCUUACUUAAUUUUGAAAGUGAAGACAAUUCUUUGAAGUUAUAUGUUGUUGAACAUUAUGGCAUUAUGCUCGGUAGCAAGCAGUACAUUGUUUACUUAUUGAUUAAUUUCAGUAAUUAGCUCUCAUAGGUUGGUUCACAAUUUGACAAACCGACUCUUUAUCUUACUCGUCCAAGCGUUGGUGGAAUUUGAUAGUCAUAUAUCUUAAUGUUACAGAUGUGAGCAAGCAUUCCUGGAAGAGUAGAUUAUUAGAAGACAUUGAAAGUUGGGCUCUACAUUAAUUUUGUCAAAACCUAUAUUUGUUAAGUCGAGGACAGCACUAUUUUUAUUUUGUUUGGGAUACUAAUUGACAGACGAAUUGUAGAGACCUCUGUAACUAUGCUCAUUCGGAAUUUAGUCCUCGGCAGACUACCUUCUCUGAGAGGAUUUUCAUCAGCAGCAGCUACUUUUCUUAAAACUGGAGAUAUAUUAAAACAAGCUAGAAUUUUCACAAGUGAAGAUGUCUUAGAGUACUCUAAAGUGAGUCAUGACUCUAAUCCUCUGCAUUUUGAUUCUGAGUCUGCUCGAAAUGCUGGAUUUGAAGACCGAGUAGUUCAUGGGAUGCUUGUUGCUGCACUGUUUCCCAAGAUCAUAUCUUCUAAUUUUCCUGGGGCUAUAUACAUAUCCCAAAGUCUGCAUUUUAGGUUGCCGGUCUAUAUUGGAGAAGAGAUAGUUGGUGAGGUACAAGCAACUAACAUAAGAGAGCAAAAGAACAGAUACUUAGCUAAAUUCAAGACAGCAUGCUAUAAGGAUGGUUCUGUUGUUAUCGAUGGUGAGGCUAUGGUCAUCUUACCUUCACUCGCUAUGGAACAAGUGACUACUUCAGUAUGACAGAGAACUGGUUCCCAGGGUUUGACAUUGACCCGAAAUGCAAUUAGACAGAGCAUCUUGAACCUAGCAUGUAUUGAUUAACAUUAUAUACCCUAUCCUCCUAUAGACUCACAAAAGCGAUUCGAUAUUUUUUGAUUGCAUAGAUUUAACGUGCUGAGUGCAUUUUGUCCGACU